AUGGCCAAGGUUAUCGGAACUCCGGAAAGGGAGUCCUCCAGGAUAGCGGUGACGGAGAUGCAGCUGCCGAUGAGCGUCGACGAUUUUCAAAAGAAGUUCAACAAGGAAUCGCACGAGCAGUUUCACAAUCUGCCGCUGAUUUCAGGUGUUGACAAGUUAAUAAACCAUUUCAAGUAUAUUAGAAUUCCCAUGGCGGUGGCCACUUCUUCUCAUCGGGAAAGCUACGAGUUAAAGGCUAAACCCCAUAACGAGCUAUUCAAAGCCUUCAGUCACGUAGUGUGUGGCGGUGACGACCCAGAAGUUAAACGAGGGAAGCCUCAUCCUGACAUAUUUUUGAUGUGCGCAUCAAGUGCCUGGUGUUCGAGGAUUCUCCAAAUGGUGUAA